AUUACCAAAAUACCAAUGAGUUCGUAACAAGUCAAGUAGCAACAAGACAAGGAAGUGAAGUCAAGAACUGCAUUUCUCCUGGUACGAAACAAAGCUUCCUGAACCCUCCAAGCUUCCUUUUCUCUCUAUUCCAAAUCCUUCAAACCAACAACUUUUUUUUCUUUUUACUGUCAAUUUUCCAUUCACAACACUCUCUUUUUGCUCUCUCUACCUUAUCAACAAACAACAACUUUCUGCAGAAAAACCAACAAAAGGUUUUCGGUAAUAAUGGCUGGAAAUACCGGCCAAAUCGAUUUAAACUCUGAAGCCGUUUUGUUUGAUCGACAAAAUGGUGUUGUGGGGGUUAAAUCGUCAGUGCCCAACGUUAUUAGUGUCGGUGUCUCUCGUGCUGAAACCCUAAUUGGUGAGCCUGUUGGUGGUGGUGAGGUUGCGGUUCAUGAUCAGAAGGUUUUUGAUGUUGGAGGUGAUAGAGGAGUCAAUAGUUCUGUGGAGGUUUUUAAUGGCUGUGAAAAGGAGGGUUUUGAUGAAGAACCUGAAUUGGUGGGUGUAGGGAGUGGUUUAGAGAAAGUUGUUGAUGGAGGGUGUGAUGAGAAAGAAGAGGGGGUUUCGUGUGGGAUGCAGAAGAAUGAAGAUGAGAAAAGUGGGAUUGAAUGUUCAGGUGGGGUUUUGUUUGAUUAUGGAGGUGUGGAACCUGAUGGAGGUUUGGUUAUUGAAUUUAAUGAUGGUUUUCGGAGUGAGCUGGGGUGUGAGAAUGCUAGGGAUGUUGCUGAAAAUGGUUUGCUGAGCUUUGCGUUGAAUAAUGUGACUCAAGGGGGUGAUAAUGAUGCGGUUGAGUGUACGCAGGAGGUUAAGAAUGAUGGUUUGGUGAAUUUAAGCGCGGUUGUGGAGAAUGAUGGCAAGAGAAAUGAUGCUGAUAGUUUGGUUACUAAAGAUGGCAUGGAAGAUUCACGUGCCAUAGAAGUUGCAACCUACCAAUUACAAGAUGGGAUUCCGUGUAUGGAAGCUGUGGAUGUCAACGCUGAAGAAUCUUUGCAUGUGAAAGACUUGUCAAGGAAUUGCCUGGAGCUAAAACCUUCAUGUGAGCCAGCCUUUCAGGUAGAUGCAAAUGUAGAUGUGAUGCAGAAUCAAACCGUGGUCGUUGAUGUUUCUGAAGGACUAUUUGAGAAUAUUCAAAAUGAGUGUCAUGGUUUUGAUCUUGUUGUGGAUCUUAAUUCUUACAAAAGCAUGCAUAAGGUUGGCACGUACUGGGGAUCAGUGUCUUCGGAAAUGAAUUUCUGUGUGUCUGAUUUAGUAUGGGGAAAGGUGACUGGCCAUCCUUGGUGGCCAGGUCAGAUCUUUGAUGCCUCAGCUGCAUCAGAGAAGGCAAAGAAGCACCUCAAGGAAGGCUGUCACCUGAUAGCGUAUUUUGGGGAUGGAACAUUUGCUUGGAAUGAUGUGUCAAUGCUUAAACCAUUUCAGACACAUUUUUCACAAAUGGAGAAGCUGAGCAAUUUGGAAAAUUUCCACCAUGCUGUUGAUUGUGCUUUAGAUGAGGUCUCGAGACGGGUUGAGUUCAGCCUAUCCUGCCAUUGCAUGCCUGAAGAUGUGCUUUCUAAGAUUAAAACUCAAGUAAUUAGUAAUGCUGGAAUCAACAAUCAGUCGUGUAGAAGAAAUGGAGGGGACAGAAUUAUGAAUGCAAUGUCUUUUGAACCCAUGAAACUUGUCAAUUUUGUUAAAUCAUUAGCACAGUCGCCACUUGUUGAAUCUGAUAGGCUGGAUUUUGUAAUUGCACGUUCCCAAUUGUCAGCCUUCUAUUGCUCAAAGGGUUAUUCUCAACUACCUGAGUUCCCAGUGCUUGGUGUGUUGUUCGAGAAUGAUAUGGAAACUCUACUCAUGAGGGAGAAAGAGCAAUGUGAUUAUCAAACCCAUGUCAGCUUUUUGCAACAGGAUCACAAGCACAUCUCUGGGGAUAGCAAGUGGCACGGGAAGAAACUUAAACUUCUGUCAGAUUUGAUGUCUGAGAAGGGCUUCUGUAUUUCAAAUGGUGAAGGCACAUCAGAACAGGAGGCUAAGUCAGUUCCACAGCGUCGAGGCAGGAAAAGGAAGACAGCUUUCAAUACUUCAGAAGAUUAUUUCCAUAAUUCCCAAAAUGGAAGGCUCACGCAAUUACAGUAUGCUUCUACAAAUGACAUGAGGUCUCAACUCUGCUUGGCUGCCAAGGAUCCAACUGGAGAAAGUUGCUCUAGUGACAUGGUACAUUUCUUUGCAGAAUUUAGAAAAUUCAUUAGCCAUGAUUAUUAUGCUUCCCUGGAUCAGGAAAUGUCUUUGGAACGAAUGAACUAUGAUGAGACCGGAGUAACCUCUACAGCAGCAUUGGCUUCUAUGACACCUGCAAUGGAGCCUUGCAGUGAUUCUUAUUGGACUGAUAGAAUAAUCCAAAGCAUUCCCAAGGAGCUAUCAUUGACAAAAUACCAGAAUGAGAGAGUGGUUUUUUUACCUGAGACUCUAACUGAGGCUAAUCCUCUUUCUUUCAAGUUGCAACCGUCUGCUGAAACUACCACAGAUUUAUGUUUUAAGCAGCAAGAUACUGAUAGAAAUCUUGGAUCAGAAUCUUCUAAGCUUGUGGAACAUUUGGAUGGGAGUUCUAAAGAGGACUUCUGUCCCACUGCUCUGACACUGAAAUUUACAAACUUCGAUUCUGUUCCUUCAACAACCGAUCUCAACAACAUUUUUGGCCGCUUUGGGCCACUGAUUGAAUCAAAGACUGAACUGCUAGAGAGGACAAACCGUGCCAGAGUGGUUUUCCAAAGACGUUCGGAUGCUGAAACUGCCUUUAGUAGUGCUGGAAAAUACAGCAUAUUUGGACCUUCACUUGUUAGUUACCGCCUCAAGAUUUUGCCUCGUAAGCCACCACAAGGUACAGGAAAGCGAGGCAGAAAAAGAAGAAAGGAAACAAGUUCUGUGGAUGGCACAGCAGUUUGAUGCCUUGGUGUUGACCCUGUCAACCUUAGGUAGGACGUCAAAGUAAGGUUGGUGUUUUUAUGUGAAUGUCUAUAUUCAGUAGCUGACUGAUCGAUAUUUAGAAAUAUUUUAGAAUAGGGAUCAAUUACAUUUUAGUUGUCACGGUGCAUAGAGUUUGGAACUGAUACAAGGAAAGAUCCAUGUUUCAGCUGGUAUAUGAUUGUGGUAAAGAAUUCUGUUAUGUUAAUUUGUUAAAUUUUAAUUCCAUCAGUGUAGAAACAGAUACCACUCUUGAAUAUUUGUAUCAGAGCAUUAUAGUUCUGAAAUUAAGACACAUGGCAAUGAUUACCACCUUUUCCCACGCUCUCAAA